ACACAGAGGAACAUGAUUUUUUUCAGAUUACCUGUCUCAUGCACUACUGUCAGGAUAUAGUGAACUUAUUUUAAUGAUAUUUGCUCCAUUUCUGCCCACUGCAGCUGUAACUACUCUAAUAGCUAUUGUAACCAGGUGUUCUGGUCUACCUGCUGCAGGAGUCAAUCAGCAGGCAGCAGGUGUGAUAAUGAAGCUGAGACCAGACUGAGACCAGACCAGGUUCUGCUCUGGUCGCUCUGGUUGCUCCUCUUCUUCUCACCAUGUCGGUGCUCGCGGUGCUUCUUUGGACCUUGUUCCGUGGUACUCUGGGAGGUCCGGUUCAGCUCGCGACAUGGUCUGAACUUGGACCAGAUCCGGUAGAGACGGACCGUGCCGGAGCCCCGCGCGCUGCCUUCUACCGGCUGCCGGUGUUCCGGGACGCACCGGGGCCGCUGGUAGCCCCGGAUCUGUUCCGGCCGGCUCCCCGUAGUGGACCGGUUCCCGCCGGAUUGACCGAGCUGCUGUUACCGACCACGAGACCACAACAGCAGAGCAGCGUGCACGGGACGGGUACGGGUGCACGCGCUGUGCAGGUCUGGUGCGGUGUGGAUAAGGUCUCUGUGCGCGUGGACCGCCUCCAGCUGCGCGCGUGGACCGAUGCGUCCCGGUUCCGACUGGGCUCGUGCUCAGCCAGCAGGGUCAGCAGCCGGUUCCUGUACUUCCACUACGGACUCACGGAGUGCGGCGGAGAGUCUAAGGUUGCUGGUGGUCAGCUGGUGUACACCUAUUCACUGUGCUAUACUCCGCCUCCGCAAGGCUACGUCAUCAGAGUUCUACCACUCAACCUGCCCAUCCAUUGCCAUUACAACAGGUUUCAUUACUCUUAUCAAGUUGGCUUCAGACCUCAAGUUCAGCACACAACCUUGAUGAAGAGCAUGAGGAGUAAACUCAGCUACAGCCUCACUGUCUGCAAUGCCCAGGGGCAGCCCGUCCCUCCAGGCCACGGGUUCUUCUUAGGGGAGCGGGUGUAUUUCGUGGCCCAGGCAGAGACUCUGUUGGCUGGGGAGAGGCUGUAUGUGGACUCCUGCUACGCCACAAGCUCCAAAGACCCAAACAGCAUGCCCAAAAUGGAUAUCAUCACCAACUAUGGCUGCAUGACAGACAGCAGGAGGGGGGGCAGCAGCUCUCGCUUCCUGUUGGGAGGCGGCAGUGUGCUGGCGUUCUCUGUGGACGCCUUUCUCUUCAGAGCAGCCUCACAAGUGCUGUACCUCCACUGUUCAAUGUCAGUCGGUCUCACUGCUUCUCACACCUCAAAGUCCUGCAACUACAACCAGGCUGAUGGCAGGUGGGAGGAGCUGAAGGUCACGACCUCCGUGUGCUCCUGCUGUGAGUCCAUGUGCUCCGACAAACAGGACGCUAUCAAGAACACAGUCAGCAGCCCUGGCUGGCUCAUUGAACAAAGAGGUGAAGAGAAACCGAAGAUGAAGGUGCCGUCUUUUCAAGCGGAGGAGGGAAGAGAAUGGGCGGGUGACGAAGAGGAGAGGGAGGAAAAGAUAGGCCACGAGGAGGAAAAUGAAGACGCCAUUCCUGAGAAAAAAGCGUGGAGGCACAGUGGUGCAGCGAGAGAAAAGGAGGAGACUGAAGAGGUGGUUAUGGAAAGAGAAUCAGCGACAGAUGGCGUUAUGUCUGACCAGACGACACCAGAGGAGGCCAGGGAGGAGGUCCCUAGUACCAAAACUGGUUUGUCCGGUGCCAACAGCAGCACUAAUGCGUCUAAAGAUGGUUCUGGUACCACUAUCACACCAAGAAAUCAGACUUUUGGUGUUGAAUUUAAUACAAGUAAUGCUGAAAAUGUUUCCACAGCUGCGGUUAAACUGUGUCCUGAAAGUCAAAUGAGUUGUAAUGCUACUAUUAAUAGACGUGCAGAGAGCUUUACCCCCAAUCAUGUUAGAGCUACAUCUGGUACCAGUUCAAGAAUCCAUGCGAGUCGGCUCGGCAGCACACUGGAAACAUCAGAUGGGAACUUUGAAAUUGACCCCCCAGGUUUUCUCAGCAAGUCAGCAGAGAGCAGGCCGGAGUCGGAGAACUCGGACAAUCUCCUGAAGUCCGAACAGGUUGAUUCAGUGGACACCGAGUCUGACGGGACACCAGGCCAAGCAGGCGAUUCUGUUACCAGUAAAGGACCACAUGGAGGUGAUGAUAUGCUUCACAGUCUGCAGAUCAGAGGGUUGGAGUCAGACCAGCCUGGGUUCAGGGACCCGGUCUUUGCAGAGCGGUUACUCGGCGAGUCUGACUUUGAUUCUGGAGUUGAAGAAGGUGAAGCUCUUCAUCUGAGUCAGUUUACUAGAGCGGUGGAGACACGAGGGCACAAAGAAGAACUUUCUGGUAUCAGUUCUGGUUCUGUUAGUUCAGAGAAAAUGCAUGCCGACAGCCCCAGUCGCUCCACCGUGGUGGCCGUUAGCUCUGAGAGCAGCCAGAUGUCUGACGGGGAGUGGGCUGAGGUGAUGGCCGGAUGGGGCCUACAGAGUUCAGGUUUGUGGUGGAGGAGUUGAGACGGGUGAGGUCGAGGAGUAGUUGAUGGUCGUAAUGGGGUCAUGACCCGAAUCGGAGGAAAUGAGGCCUGAUCAGCAGUCAGUGUUGGAUCUUUCCUCGGUUUGUGUAACCUCAGAAACAUUGGAGCCUUUCUGUAAACCAUGAACAGCUGGAUCUACUGGACUACUGGAGCAGAAGAUAGUAGCAGUCAGCUGGCUGUAUCCAUGUAGACCUGUUGAUAAAUAAUAAACUCCUCUGACCAAGCCCUUAC